AUGGCAACGAUUCUGAAGAAACGAAUUGACACAAUAAUGUGGCAUUACCACAACAUCGCUAAGCUGAGCGACGCUUUCGACGACGUAGAGUUUGCAGUCUACACAGCAAGGUACCGGAUGCUUAGCGAUCAGACUGAGAAAAGGAUAUGUCAUCCGGGCGCUGGUGUUCUAUCGAAUGAAGAAUUGAAGUCACGUAAAGAGUCGAAUGGAAAGAAGAGAAUGUUCAUGUAUGUUCGCAGCGCGGAAAAUGACAAGCAUUUUGAAAAGCUAAGAAAAGACGUUCAUGCAAACCCAAGAACUCUUUUUACCAUUAUUGCUGAUGAGUGCCACUGGGGAAUCACAAGGGACAAAGUCCAGAAACCAUCAGCACAUAAUCUGUUCAUCAAUGAAUGGUGUAAAGAUAACUCACCCAGAAAUGUGGUCGUAGUUCAAAUCUCAGCAACACCUUUCAACAUUUUAACGCAGAACUCCCGCCUUCCUGAAGUCCGUUGCCUUAUUGCAUACGAGAGAAUCUCUACCAUACGAAACAAUCUUUACGAAGCUGGCGAACUUAUGGUCUUAGAACGUGAGCCUGAGAUUGGAGUACAUGACUUUGUAAAACCAACUUUCAAGGAGGUAGAACUUCAUGUUGUCCACUGGUCGGAGGUAGAGCUGAAGAACUUUGAAAAGGGAAUGCGAAUGAAACUCAAGUCGACAUUAACUGUCGAACUUUUUCCACAGCCGCGAUACCUUCAUGUUUCCACGGAGGGGAAACUGGGCGUCGUAUACAAUAAACGUGAUGCCACUGACUUUCUUGUAAAGGGGAGUCACGGUAUUGUGACAAUCAAGGCCAUUUUAAACGAAGACACGGUCCGCACACUAAAGGGAGACUCGAACGGAAUGCUGGAAACCAUUGUCCACCCUCAGGAGUCAGCUAAGUUUGAGGUAAAGUUGGACUUUGGCGUUGGAGUUGCGGCAUUUUCUUGUAGUGAAAGGAGAGAUCUCUAUUUAGCAGUCGACGACAAAGAUAACGUUUUGCUGCAAGCAGCUAGAAUUGAAAGAAAAUGUGGUGUGUCUAUAAUGCAAGCCAAACACGACUUGGGUCGCGUUUCAUUCGAAUUUUACAUUGAUCAAUGUGGACCAGCAGAAGUUGACUCUGUUGAACAACAGUACAUGAGUUUAAACUACUAUCUAAGUACCAUGAACUGUGGUAAAAGGAGUGAUCAAAAGAUUCGUCAGGACAAGUUAUUUCAAGAGAUGGUGAACACGGCAAAAAGACAAAACAAGCGGUGCACACCCGACUCAUCAUCUCUCAAGAUAGAUGCCCUUCUAUGCGCGGAGUACUGCUACUACAUUCUCCUAGUUGGCACAUACAACAGCGAUGACAAAAUCCGACAGGCACUUAUCAGUGGCACGGGAGAAUCUCCCACUGAUCAGUUCAGUGAAAAGGUUCGCUCUUUCAGAGAAGAGCUCAAGAACAACGCAAAGUACAUUCAUCACGAAGCCUUUGAAUUGGUUGUGAGAGAAAUUUGCAACAAGGAAAAAGAAACUUUCAAAACGAAUGUGAAAAUAAUCUCAAGAUUCCAAAAACAAAACAGAUCACCUAGUAAACUGGACUCUAAUGAAAAGUUAGAAACAGAAUUUGUUGCCUGUCUAAUGCACUUGUCUCGGGAAGGUCUACAAACGAUCAUGGAAGAUCCCCGCACGAAAGGUAUUGUAAAAGAGAUCAAAGCGUCACUACAACAAAACAACUGCCACAAGAUGAUUGAAAUCUGGAGGGGUGUUAUCCGAAAGUACGAAACAGGAUUCCUUGUACAAAGCCUAAUCGAGAGUGGUGAAGGGGAAUCGGGUAAAAUGAAAAUUGUACGAGCAAAAAGCAUGGAAACCGCCGAUCAGUUCUACCACACCCUUAGAUUGGCCAGGAAACUGUCUUCCUUGGACAAAUCAUUUGAGAUCAUAAGAGAUUAUGGCGGAAUCCAAAUCAAGAAUCAGCUAAUGAAAUCAUCAAGUCCUUUCUUCCUUAAGCUCCAACCAAGGGAAUGCCAGUUUAAAUUUGACUGCCCUUGCAGUAAGCUUGAGCUACGCCUCGGCCACAAGAGGUGUAUCAAUUGUCAGCACGUGCAUAAGUCAAUCACUCAGUAUGAAGACUUAGAAAACUUGGCGUGCGUCCUCAUCCUGGUUGAAAAAGGACGUAUGGGGGACACAUUUCCCCAUAGCUUCGAUUGCCUUGACCUUCGACUAAGCUAUGACAGCAAUCGGGAAUUCAAUGAGGGCUCACCAGUUUUUUUGUCAACUGUCAUUCAAGAACUUGGAAGAAUGUGCCGAUAUGCAAAAGCGUCAAUCCGAGAAUCGCGUAAUCAGUACACUCCUUAUGUGUUGGUUGGAAGGGAGCUUUUCAAAAGGCUUGGUAAAUCAUUGAAACUUUCCCCAGCUAUGAGCGCAAUUUCUUGUACCAGAGCUGAUCGGUACAUGUCAACCUCCAAAAGUAAAUGGGAGCGAAAAUCAUCUUCACUACGUUGGUUGGACUAUGAAGCUCAUAAGGAUAGUUAUGAUUACGGCAACAAGAAGACACAUUGCAACAGAAUCCUUCUCCAAGCUGAGCCUCAGAUCGGCAAGACGGGUGCCUAUCUUUGCCUCAUUAAACAGCUUAGAGAAGAAAUCCUUGGAAUAGAAGAUGAAGGCAGCUUUUAUCCCCACGCACAAUACGAUUCUCUUGACGAGACAAUGGAAAGCAGCGUCAACAGUGACGAAGACUGGCACUUUCCCUAUUGGAAGACGAUCGAGAAUUCUCCCAGCCUUUCUGAAAAAGCAGUGGGGAAGGGGAAGUAUUCAAUUGGAGGGCUCUUCUACACUCACGACGUCGAAGAUAAUCCCUUCUUUCUCAUGAAACGAGAAAACCAGAAUUCAAUCAAGUCAAUUCUCAAUUAUCAGAAAUUGCUAUCAGGAAAUUGUGCAGAUGGUGUUCGCGCAUGGCAUUGGUACCAUUUUGAGAACUGUGUUGAGUGCGGAAGACUACGUCAAGGAGAGCGGCCAGUUUUGGAAACGCUUGAGGUAAGCAUAGAUGGCACUCCGGUAACGGUCACUUGUUCAAUUCCCACCAGCAAUCUAGCAUACAAUUACCUGCGAGAACAUCUCCGGAGUUUUAGGUCAGUGGAAUGGUCUAGGACGGAGUUCAACUGCCCAGGAGUGACCUCGCUGUCUUAUUGGAUAUUCCAUCCCUCGCACAGACAGGAUCCGCGAAAGUGUCUUCUAAACUAUCAUCACGUGAUGCAAGAAGAAAACCAAGUAGCUCGUUAUCUGCAAGUUGCUGUGGUUCGAAGUGAAAUGUUCCAGGCCUACAAAUCUACCUGGGGGAAGGUGAUUGCAAUAUUUCAGCUGCCAGAUGAACUACCGAACUGCGAACUUGGACCGAGUGAAGGAGGUGUGGGUUACGCGAGGUUGUUUAUUCAGAAAAUUGCAUUUGCUCUAAAGCUGGAAUACAUUUUUGUGAUUGAUGACAAUGUGGCCUUGAUGUCCGAAGCAGUGUUGAGGUCAGACCAAGGAACAACAACAGGUCAGAGCGUUGUCAGAGAUGAGAAUGGAGUGAUGAAGAUGGAAAGAUGUUCUUUCUUAAAACCUCUCACUCACCUUCAGAAGAUUGCAAGCGGAAAGGGCAAUCCACCCGAUGAAAGAAUACAGUACGAGCCACAUCCUUUAAAGGAUCAUCCCGAGGGCCAACAGUUUCCCCUGUAUUCGUAUACAGGCCCCGCUAAGUUGUUUGGUGACAGCCCGUUUAAGAGUUAUGGCAUUCUAGGUUUUCUCAGAAGUGUCCCUAGAUCGGUCAGGCCAUUUGCGAAGACCCAGGUUUAUGCUGCUGUUUUGUUGAAUGUCAAAAGUACGGUGGAAAAGGAAGUGUUUUAUCGACCAUGGCCGUGUUGGGAAGACUUACGCUUCAACGACGAUUGCGACAAAGCUGAUUUAUGGGUAGUGAAAUGCAAUCGCUUCCAUUUUCACAAAGUCCAAUACAACGACUGGAUCAAGGAUCUCGUACGUCCGACUAUUUUUGUAUGGAAAAAAGAUAGCUUUCUGGAGGAACGACCACUUGCUAGUGAACUGCCAAAGGUUAUCGAGGAGGAAAUCAUCUUGGGCCACCUCCGCAGCUUCGUCAACACUGAAGGCCAUGAGAAUUACUUCAAAGGACAGAUUGGAUACGACCGACCAGAGGAUUGUGACGACCAGUUCUCCCCCUCAAAAAUUGUUGAGGAACUUGACCUCCGGACACUUGACCUCCAGAACUACGAAAGUAAGGAGUCCGGUUCCAAGAAAAAAAUUUCAGUCCUUAUUUUAUCAUACUGUGCUUCUGUUGCAAAUCGGAGUCUCAGGAAUGCGAUGCUUUUAGAAUCAGCCUAUUGCGCAACCCAAGAAAAGAUCAUUUUCAUCACUAGUGCUAAAGAUGCAAUAGAAAGGUGGCCCGGGCUGACUCUGGCGACCAUAGCUUCGCACAAUGGAAUUUGCCUCACCUCCCAAAUGAGCAACAGAUGUGGUCGGUUUUCCAUUUUAUCAGCCGCUGAUCCUAGAAGACAUCAUUUACGGUGGAUUGUGAUCGAGGCAUCCUUCUCGAAAGAAGAUAGCAUGAUUCUGGAAGAAUUUAAUGCAGCUGUUGAAAUAAACGUAUCUGGAAACGCCACAAAAGCGGACGAAAGUAUCCUUGUUGAUCAUCAGCAACACCUCAGUACAAGUACAAGAGAGUUUGAACAAGGAUCUCUCAGCACAAAGGGUCAAGAAACUGUGGAUGUAGGAACGUCCUCCCAACCACUGCUAAGAAGAGAACCAGGGAUCAAAGAACCCAUCAGUGCAAACCGUUCUCCUUAUAGAAUAUAUGGCCUUGAGACGCCUUUGCAAGAGACUUUAGGGCCAUAUCGUCAGGAAUGUUCGAGUGUAAAGAAAUCUCCUCAAGAAUUCACCGGUCUAACAUCGUCUCUUCUUCCCUCAAACAAGUCUCGUCAAGAAUCACCUAAUUCAAUUGAUGAUUUCUUUGGCCAGAAAAAAAACCAAACGCGCGACGAACAGAGUGUCAAAAAAACGUUUGAAAAGGCAGGCACAGGCGGAGACUCAUGUAAUGGCAGGCAAGGGGAAAGAAAAAAGUCAAUCUUCAAUGACAGAGGAGAAAGUAACAGCAAUUGGAAUGAACACGGUAACGCCAUUUCGGAAACAGAACAAUCAAAAGGAGAAAAGGAAAGGAAAAAGGAACUCCAGACUGGAAGUGACCAGAAAAGCAGAAACCCCAUUCGUACUGGUGGCGACAGCAUGCUGAGGAGGGAAAAUGACAAGCACAUGAUGUUCACGUCUUCUCUACAUGAUAUACGUGACGUAUAUGUUGUUAACGAGAACGGCGGAGAGACGUCGAGUGGCAAGAAAGUAAAAAAGAAGAAAAGUAGGAGCGAAAGCAGUGAAGAGCGUAACAGAAAGGGAAGUAAAAAUGAUGAAUCCACUUCGGAAAACGGACAUUCAAAAGUGAGCAAGAAAAAGAAAAAGGAAUUCCAAAGUGAAAGUAGCCAGAAAAGUACUAGCCCCUCUCAUUCUAGUCAAGGUCAAGAGAUUAUGUCAAAGAACAAAGAGAUCACACAGAGGGCAUCUACAUCUUCUGUUCAUGAAGAAACUGUUGAAGAUGUAGAAACCAUAUCUAAUGCUAGCAGCCAAACAAGCACGUGUUCCAUACAACGGGAGAACACAGAGUGGCCGAAUGUACCAGAUACGUACAGUGCUGAUGAUGUUACAAGUAACAGCGAUUCUAAUACCAGUCACCAGCGUAGAACCUCCACUUCAAGAAAUCAAGACGCCGAAAAAAUGUCAUUGUACAUGGCGGGAACUAACGACGUCACAGCACGUAUUGUUGACCUUUGGAAUCAACGCAAACAGAUGAAAAAACGAGAAGAUCUUUCAGAGGUACACGUUAAAAAAAGUCUCGAUUGCUUUGUAUCUGGGGAGUUGGAGACAAAAGACCAACAUGGCUACAAUGCACUUUUAAAGGCGUGUUCCUUGCCCUCUAUGAGUCCUCAUGUAAUGCAGCACCUGAUAGUCGUUCGAAAAGUGGACUUAAACUGUAAGCUUCCAGAUGACUUUGACAAGGACCACCGCUCAGCCAAAGGGUUAAUUCCAGGAAUGUCCGCUCUGUCAGUGGCAAUAAGGAGACAAAAUAUAAGCCGCAUUUCAACCUUCAAAAGACGAAAAAAAGAAAUCAGUGUACAAGACGCUGACCAGGAAAAGAACACUGCUUUGCAUCACUGUGUUGCAUCGGCAUCGAAAGGAGCAUUCGAAAAGCUGUUCCCACUUUAUAAAGAAUUAAAUUGGAAAAAAAUGUUUAACAGAGAAUUGGAAAGCCCUCUGGACAUUGCGCAGAACUUGGCAAUGGACAGUGCUGCAAAAAAGAAACAAGCACUAGACUUCAUCCUUCAGGAAAUGGAGCGAAGUAGCCCUUCAGAUGCAUUCAGGUACAUGGCAAUUGAUUGUAGCAAAAUAUCAUUGAAAUUAUAUAUUUUGUUCAUACUUUUUCUUUAUCUAACAGCUUUGUUUGCUCCUUUUUUAAAAAGUUUAUAACCGUAAAUCCUCUUUUAACCCCCCCCCCCCCCCCUCCUCUAGAGGCCUAUUUAUUCCAGGCACGUUUGCAAUUGAGGAGGGGGGUUUAUUUAAUUCAGCCAAUAUGAUGGUAUCAAUUCUCCAUAAAAACUAGAACGCAGAGGUGAAAAGCCCAGUCGAGUGAAUUUGAUGUCUUGCAGCCUAAGAUCAAGACAAAUCCGAACUUCCAGCACGUAAAUUAAUUAUACCCUAUCAGUCCACGUGGAGAGUUACACUCGUGACUCGUUUAAGUGCUACUAUGAUCAAAUCCAUGAAUAUCAUUUUUGUUUUCGCUAGUAUGACAGUUAAGUACUUGAAGUAAAUGGUGUGCAAAUUAUAGCUUCAUACGAUUAAGGAAAGUGGUAUUUUUUUGCGCUCAAAAACCAUUAAUUUUUGUCCUGUGGCCUGGUUACCAAGAAUACAAGACAACUUCUUUGUGGCGUCAUUUUCUUAACUUAUGACAUGCACAUGCCUUAUUUUCUUGAAAGAAACCUGCUCAAACGAUGUUCUGUUUCUCUCCCACCUCGAUGAAACCUCCUCAGGAAGUCUUUCGAUCUUACUACAUUAGGCUCCGUAUGUGUGCAGCAACCGCUUCAAUCGAUAGAAUUGCAUUGAGCUUCACGCGAGCCUGACUAACAGAAUGAGAGAUGCGUGCAUGGAAUAGGUUUGUUUAUAGCUGACGGCUCUACCAUUUAAGAAUAUAAGGAGAGGGCUGGGGGACUAAAAAUUUUCUUCACCUUAAAAAGCGCGCGGGAGGGGAGGGGGCUUACUAAAGAGAGGAGUGUUUAAUAGAGGAUUUGCAGUAUUUCGGGUACCAACCUUCCCGCACCGUUUAUGACAAAAACGGGUCAGAUUUUUAACAAUAACAGGAAAUGACACCUUAACAUUAAUGAAGAUUUUAUCUAAGAUUGCACGCCCCAAAUCCACUUUGAAGCUCGCCUUCAGAACCGUUCUCGUUUUCAACUGGAUCUGCAAGAUUUAAAAUACUAUGUGGCAUGAAAGGUACUAGAACUUUUAAUUUCGCGGAUGAUUUUGUAUUGGUUCUCGGGAACUAAUUGACGCGAUUUUUGAGACUCUGGGUUUUUCCGAUGAAAUCAAAGUCGCUGCGAUCGCUUUUGACGAGGCAACGAUCCUAGAUUUUCGAGUUUCUGUCGUCAUGGUGGUUGCUUAAGCUUGCAAGUAGCGUUACCACGCAAACAAAUUCUUGAUAUGUGACAAUCAGCUGAAGAUUUGUUGGAAAACACCCGAAGAAAAUGACGCUCGUAUAUGCCAAUAGAGAGCCUCAAUUUUACUAGAUUUCACGCUUUAAGGGCAUGAAUGCAUCGCCGUAAAUCCUUCGUUAGUUUAGAAAACCUGUAAGGAAAAUGUCGUAAGUUGACACAAAACUUUUGUCUUUUUCGAGCAUUUUCUUUGCUUACUUUAAUAAGUCCCUUAACGAAUACGGACGGGUUAUUGGCAAUAAUAGCCGGUGACCUUAAGUUUUGAAAAUGAUUACGUAAUUGAGUACGAAUACACUCUUUGGAACAACAAAAUGAACAUGACAGCCGUGACACAACCCUUUAACUGCAUGCCAAGUAUAAUCCGGUACAGCACUUGCAAACGCAUUUUCUGUGUAUUUUCUUACGUUUUUCCAUUUGUUGUAGUGUUAAUUCGUCUGACGAAGAAGACUUGUGAUCAACCUGCAUCAGUACAGGAAGAGCUCCAGAUUCAAGAAUUUGGAUCCUACUAAACAUUUUACAUUUGUUAACUGUAUGUUUUCCACUUACUCUUGUAUGAUUUUCUAAGUUCUAAGUGGAAGAUCUCUACACCUCUCGACCACACCUCGUAAGAAGAUCAUGACUUCAUAAAUGUGUAACUUUUCCUUCGUUUUUUUUUUUUUUUUUUGAAUUUCAAGCACUAUUUAUAUUCACAAGGGAGGACGUAUUUGUACUGAAAGUGACCUUUAAGUUGCGCUCCGGCCGUUGGAGUCUUUUGUGUGAAAGGAAUAGAAGUUAGUCAAAUACUUGAAAUAGUUUUGAGUAGAUAGAGCAGUACCUCUCCGACACCAUAUAUCCCUGUAAGAUUGAUUUUAUCUUAAACAGUUUGCAGUAGGAUUAUAUAUAUUUUUGUCUUGAUCAGAGCUUAGUAGAAUCUCGUUUGAUGACAACUACUAGAAUUACCGUCACCUAAUAUGGGCUUUUAUAAUAAGACAGUUAUUUCCGUUCACCGGCAGCAGACAUUGCUCUGGAUUCCCAGUUAUCGUUUUGUUUUCAUUUUUUUUAUGAUUGCCUUUUUUAUUCAGAGAAGAACCCUUUUAUCUCAUCAGUAGUCUGUAUAAAACAAUUAGGUACUUUAUUGGUAAACCAACCAAUAUUGUUUACACUUGUUUUUUUGUAAACUGUUUUCUAAAGAAACGCACUUAACUUCGGUUGGUUCACAAAACAAAAAAAACCUAGUUUCAACAACUGAGUUAGGGAUUUAUUAACCUUAUUAAUAACUCUUGUGAUAAAGUCAUUAUUUAAUGUAUGAAUAAAUACCUUUUUAUAAACUUCAGUUUCAGUUAGCUAUUCUAACACCCCUUUAAAGACCCGUGAAGGUAUAACUGAUAUAUAUUUUUUCCUUCUGUCACUCUUGUUUUACCGUGCUACGUACAGAAUUUUAAUAGGAAAGGUACAACUGUCAUCAACUUGUAAAACCCUUAAUCAUAACUAUAACAAAAUUCUCAAAUAUGAUUGGCUAUCAACUGCCCUGAUUUCAGCCUUUACUACAUCCACUUGGAAAUCACAGUUGAUCCUUGCAAUCUGAUUGGCCCUGAGUGAUGUGAUUUAUUCACGAAUCGCACUAUUCUGUGCUCUAAAUCGUAUCUUUUUUCCAAUCACUUAUUCUGUGCUCUAAAUCGCAUCUUUUUUCCAACCACUUAAACAAAAUGACCAAUCAGAUUUAGAGGAUCAUUCAAAGUAACCAAUCAAAUUGCAGGAAAACGAAAAACAAAUAAAGGCAAUAUUGUGUAGCACACUUUGACAAGUUUGGGCUAAUUUUUUGUAGCCGAAACUGUCUUUUUACAAAGGCAAAAUUGGACGAAUUUAACUACUUACAGUUUCUUAAGGAUGAUUGUGAGCUCCUAGAGGCUGAAGAAGUACUUUUAGGGGAGUUUCCGACAUUCAGUGUCCAGUUUGAUGAAUAUUUUAAUAAUCUUUCCUCCACAUCCGCUCUGGAUCCGUGAGAUCCCGAGUCCAGCAACCAGGAGACAAAUCCAGAGCCACCUCAGAAAGUACAGAAUGUAGAUUCCACCAGGUUCCCAGAAAUCUCAAGCGAAGAUAUUGAAGAGUUCAAGGCGGUUGCCGUCAACAAAAAUACCUCCCGCUCGACAAAAAAGUGGAUGAAUUUAUUCAAAAGUUGGUGCCAGUCCUGCCAUCUAGAAAACGUAAACAUAGAAAUGCCAGGGGGAGGGGGGGAGUACUGCCAUAUAUGGGCUAUAUAUGUGCCGAUGUGAAGGGUAUGGUUUUCAAGCAGUUUACUCUAGGAUAGGGUACAUAAAUCAGAGCAUUUGGGUCUCGAAUAGGGUAUCAUUUUUCAGGGAAAUGAUCAGUUGGUUGAAGAUUUAUCUAAACUAGGGAUUGUGGUAUAAGGUUUUGUUUUGGCUAGACUGUGCUAGCGACCUCAGAAGUUUCUGGAAAACAGCUACUCUAGGAAAGGGGGAUUUGGGGAGUUUACUCUAGUAUAGGGUAGCAAAAUUCAGCUGAACUAGCUCUGGUAAAGGUUAAGGGUUCCAGGGUCCUAGCGGCACAUCCCCACCCAGAAAUUCCUAAAGUACUCCCCCGGGUAGAAAUGGCGCAGGAAGAGCUUGACAACAUCCUGAGCAAGUUCUAGGCCGAAGUAAAAAAAAAGGGACGGAGAUGAUUACCAGCCGGAAUCCCUUAAAAGCCCUUGAAAGCACCAGGCCAUGGGAUUUAAUCCUGAUUUUCAGGCAGCUGGUUUUGCAGGAUUUCCACCAAGUUUACCCCUGACAGUUUCAAUACUGCAUGGCAGCGACCAUGGCAGCUUUUACGUGUGCUGAAAAAAACUUGGCCCGGGUCAAAGUUCACUAGUAGCCCUGCUUCAUCGCAGAAUUACUCCGGCUGUACUUUCGAUUUUUUCUCCCAAGAAAACGCGAUGCCUCAGCCACAACCGCGGAAGAAGCGAAGGGAUUAUGUUAUUGAAUCAGACGUCGAGGAUUAAACUUUGAAAAAGACUAUUUCUGCAGUAACAAGAAUUUAGGACUGCUUGAACAUUUACAUGAAUGAAGUUGACUCUUGUUUCCUUUGCGCUCCAAUGAGUUUUUGUAAAGGGACAUCUGUCAUUCUGUUUUGUUGACAUGUACAUGUAAACGAGUUUCCGGUUCCGCUUUUUACAAACCAGCCUUGUGGACCAAUACAGAUUUUUAAAAAAUGAGUGAUUUCAAAAUGCAUAUAAUUAAGUGGUAAUUCGCUGCGCGCUCGUUCGAUUUUGAAAUCACGCAUAUGAUUUCAGACCUAAUAAUAUUCACGAAAAAAUUGCGCAAUUCUGAUUGGCUGAGAACGGAGUGCAGUUCUUCUGUAACACGAGUGCAAAACUUGUAACACGAGUGCAAAUUACAAAUGGUUUCUGAUUGGAUGAAAACACAAAAGAAACCACCAAGAACCAAUCAGAUUAGAGCUGUUUUAACAACAACAUUCAAGAAAUGGCCAUGGUUUUCUGCAGACGACGACGAGAUUUAAUUUUGGACGCAAACCAACGAUAAAAAAGUUUAAAAAAUAUUCGAAAAACCCGAACUCAGUAAAAAGAACGUCUUUCUGGCUAAAUGUAUCGAAAAUGGGGUGCUAAGCGAAAAAUACUGUCAACAAAAUCGAGGAAAAUGAGCCAGAGAAACUAAAAAACAAGCUACUUAUAACAGACUACGCUAAAGUAAAAAAAUAAAGGACAAAAACGGUUGCAACUACACGCAAACCAUGACAGCUACACUUUUCCGGCAUUUAAAUGAACAAGGAUACAAGUUUUCCAUGAUAACAACAGGGAUUUUAAGUCACGUACGUUAUUUGUUGGAGGAGAAAGGUUUCCGGUUGCUCUCUUUGAGUCUUUUGUCGAGCGAAGACCUCUAUUAAAACAUCCAUGAGAUGGUCUGUUUUUCUCUACCUCAGUAGCAAACGAAACCGAAAAUUUAAACAUCUGGUCCAAACUAAACUAAUGGGCGAAUGAAAGUAUCCGUAGCUGGUACUAGCCUUAAAAGAAAGUGAGAAAAAAAUUUACGAAUCAUUGUGCGAGAAAAACAACAGUCAGGAAGAUGAAGAAAGCAAAGAUUGUAAGUUCAGAGCAUAUCGCCAAUGUCACAGGCCACAGAGAUAUACAUAUCAUUAACGACUACGAUGAAGCCGACGAAGAAGAGCUACGAUGACUCUUGCAGUAGGCCAAAUGAAAUAAUGAAAACUCCAGCGCUGAGAAAAAGUAAAUAUUAUAUUAAUACUGGCAGUUUCCGACAUCACAAAAACUGUGGCUCCACUCACCCAUCGAUGGCAGCCGGAAGAAAACAAAUUGUCUCCUUCAUUUUCGGGUUUUAAAUCUCAAAAGUUUCUCCAUGAAUCCAGCUAUGAUGGGUUCUCAGGAACAGACAACGAUGAACAGUCGUUAAUAAACCUUAGCACGUGUCCUUCAUCUUUGGCUGUUCGAAGCGUUCCCCUGAUUUCAAAACGACAGUAUACUUCUUGUAAACGCCGAGCUCUCAUAAUCGAGGAUGAAUUUAAAAACACUUGCUUUUGCUGAUUAUUGUAAACCGAGUUAUCUUUAACAGGCUGGUGACCAUAUAAAAUCAAUCCUUGCACAUUUCAUGAUUUUGAAAGCGAAAGAGUAUGAAUUUGACAAAGGUAGUAGUCUUUUUCAGCCAAUCAGUUGAAUAAACUAACAACGCGCGCGCUGUCAAAAUUUGUUGUUGUAGU